CUGUUAUCGUUAUUAUUCUGCAUAUCUUUUCUAUUCUGCGUUUUUCGUCAGUGUAAAGUGCAUAAAGUUGUUUCAUUUGUGCUAUAACACAUAGUUUAAGUUUAAAUAGUUGCCUAACAAAAUGUCGUUUACGGGAAAAUUAGCAGAACUGCUUGCGCGGCCAAAUCAAGAUCCAGCUGGCGGUCCGGAAGCACCUUGGUAUCUCAAAUAUGGCUCACGAGUGCUGGGCAUUGUUGCUGCAUUCUUUGCCAUACUCUUUGGCCUGUGGAACGUUCUGUCAAUCAUUGGACUCAGCGUCUCAUGCCUCGUCGCGGGCAUCAUACAAAUGCUAGCGGGCUUUGUGGUGAUGGCGUUGGAAGCGCCGUUCUGCUUUGUCUGCAUCGAAAAGGUCAAUGAUGUAUCGAAAAUGGUGGAUGCGAAGCCCAUGUUCUUCCGGGCGGGCCUAUACUGCGCCAUGGCAGUGCCGCCCAUUUUCAUGUGCUUUGGACUGGCGAGUCUCUUUGGCAGCGGUCUGAUCUUUGCGACCGGCGCUGUUUACGGCAUGAUGGCGUUAGGCAAGAAAGCCUCCGCUGCCGAUAUGCGAGCCGCGGCAGCGCAGACAUCGUAUGGUGGCAAUGCAGCGUCGACGACCAGCGACCGAGCGGGCAUUGUGAGCAAUGCGCAGCCGUUCUCCUUCACCGGAGCCGUGGGCACCGACAGCAAUGUGUGAUGACGCCGCCGGCAGUCGGAACAGUUGGAUUGUGGCUGGGGUGUGCGGUGAGAAAACAAGACUCAAAACGCAACGCAACGCAACGCAUUAAGGCAAACUACAACUACAUCAAUGAGGAGUUAAAGUAAAUAGGCAGGAUAUAAUCUAAUUAACUUGUGCAAUUAAUUGUUGGCGAUUCAUUUCCAAACCGGAGCCAAUCACGAACGAUCUCUCUUGGUAUUGCGCUGAAUCAAAUGUUACGCGAGAAUCAGCCGAGUAAUGGAAACCUCAAGGAACCUCUUUAAAUAAACCGUCUAUUAAUUGAUACAAGAUAUAAAUAUAUAUAUAUAUAUAUAUCUAUUUUUGUUCAGCGUUUUCUGUUUUACAUUUCGAUUUGUUGCCUGUGUAUCAUUCCAAUUCCAAUUUUGGUUAAAA